AUGAUAUCAAAAAUGCUUUUAGCUACAGUGCAACUAAAUCCGCCUAAUGUUGUAGUUGAUGAUUUCCGCACAAAAAAUGGUUACGAUUUAAAUUUCAUUAAUAAAGCCAUCGCUGAUUACCUCAGCAGUAGUGGAUACACGGAUGCCUUGGAGGCAUUCAAGAAGGAGGCGGAUAUGCCCGGCGAAGUGGAGAGGAAAUUCGGCGGCCUGUUGGAGAAGAAAUGGACGUCCGUCAUAAGGCUGCAAAAGAAGGUAAUGGAAUUAGAGUCAAAAUUGAAUGAAGCCGAAAAAGAAUACAUAGAGGGCGCUCCCACGCGAAACAAACGUACCCCUUCGGAAUGGAUACCACGGCCGCCUGAAAAGUUCUGUCUCACAGGUCAUCGAGCGCCUGUGACUCGAGUAAUCUUUCAUCCAGUCUUCAGUCUUAUGGUUUCGGCAAGUGAAGACGCCACCAUUAAAGUGUGGGACUUCGAGACUGGUGAAUUCGAACGCACCCUUAAAGGUCACACGGAUUGCGUCCAGGAUAUAGCUUUCGAUGCAUCGGGUAAAUUACUGGUAUCUUGUAGCGCCGACAUGAGCAUCAAACUGUGGGAUUUCCAACAGACGUUUGAGUGCGUGCGCACUAUGUUAGGUCACGAUCACAACGUUUCGAGCGUUUCGUUCAUGCCGGCUGGGGAUUUCGUCAUUUCAUCUAGUAGGGAUAAGACCAUCAAGAUGUGGGAGGUAUCGACAGGGUAUUGCGUUAAAACAUACACAGGUCAUAGGGAUUGGGUAAGAAUGGUACGAGCAUCACCGGACGGUUCGCUAUUAGCUAGUUGCUCCAACGAUCAGAGCGUCAGAAUUUGGGUAGCAUCGUCGAAGGAGUGUAGGACGGAGUUAAGGGCGCACGACCACGUCGUCGAGUGUAUAUGUUGGGCGCCGGACUCAGCAGCCGGACCCAUCAACGAAGCUGCCGGAGCGGAUAACAGAAAAGGAGCUCAUACUGGACCUUUCCUCGCUUCAGCUUCUAGAGAUAAAACAAUUAGGAUAUGGGAUGUUGGAGCUGGCAUCGCUUUAUUCGUCUUAACGGGACACGACAACUGGGUCCGAGGCGUAGUAUUUCAUCCAGGAGGCAAAUUUUUGGUCUCUGCUAGCGAUGACAAAACACUUAGGGUAUGGGAUCUGAGAAAUAAACGUUGCAUGAAGACACUGGAAGCACACAAACACUUUUGCACAUCUGUGGAUUUCCACAAGGCGCUCCCCUACGUUAUAUCGGGCAGUGUAGAUCAAUCAGUGAAAGUGUGGGAAUGUCGCUAAGAUGUACGUCGCUCUAUUCUUCAAUAAAUUUCCAAGCGGGUCGGAACAAUAAUGUUCUGAAAUUAAGAAAAAGACAGUAGUUCAGUGCGUGCAAGUAGAAAACUGUUUUACUUAAGUCACACCACGUUUACGUGCCUGGUUUUUACAUAUGUCUUACGAUCAGUUCCAGGUACUUGAAGAUUAUUUCCUCAUCCUAAGUUUUCAUUUAAAAAAAUUAAAACGUUUAUUUAAGAGAUAACUUAUAUAUUUUUUUUUGUUAUUUUUAAUCGAUCGCUCUAGAAGUUUCACGUCCUAGAUUUUACUGUGUUAGAUGAAUUUUUUAACGGAUUAAUUAUUAUUGUAUAACUCUUACGUUUCUAUGUGAUAUUCCGGUGGAAUUUUUAGAGCAUAAAUUAGCUUAUAUUUAAAGGUAGAUGCUUCUUAGGGAUAACUCGCAAACAAAUUCAUGAGUAGCUAAUCCAGUCAUUUUAGGUACGCGCAGAAAUGUGGUUUUUUUCGGCACUGAUUACGACAACCAUCCCAUUACACGUACUACACAUACAGGAGAGCGAACGUCAUAUUUCUGCCGAACAGUAUUUUUAACCAACAUUGUUAAAUACGGUGUAAAAUCGAUUUUUGUCCAACUAAACAAAAAAGAGGUUAUCUACUAGUCAUAAAACUGACAGAAAAAUGUGAAAUACUUUUUUGAAAUGUCAAACUUGUUAAUUACAAUGUUGCAUAUUGAUGGAUAAUAUUUUUUGAUGGAUCAUAAUAUUUGAUGGAUAUACAAAAAUAAAAUAAGCUGUAAUAAUAUCGCUAUUUGUCUGGCAUAUGUAAGUUCUCUUUAGAAACAAUUCAUUAUAAAUGGCGACAACUCUGCACCACUGCAAAAUAUGUCUGUAGUAUAUGAGUGCGUUGCUAUUUCGCUUACUGUUACUUCUUUGUUACUUACAAAUUGCAACAGAUACGAAAUAUGAUCCUUUUCGACUAGAACAUACAGCACAAUAUUCAAGAAUUGCUGCUAAUUAUGAUAGUUGGAGAUAAUAUCCAAAUACUGGAUUAUUUCUUAUUUGAUACAGGAAGAGGGUUCGCCAAAUUUAAAAUUUGAGAUACUCUCAAAACAGGGAGGAGAAUUUAAAAUUGAAUUUUUAUCAUCAAUUAUUUAUUUAAAACAAAUCUUUAUCAUCUAAUUGAGACUUCAAGGACCAGCAUACAUUAUUAACAACAAAUUUAUGAAAGGAAAGUAAACCUGAACAAUUCCUGUACAUCAAAGACUUUUGAGCCAUCUAAUGAAAUUUUUUAUAUAGUAAAAUAUAUUAUUCAAUAAACAUGGAGCCUUUCUAAAACUCUUCACUACUUAUAAAACUUCUUAAAUUUUUAGCAAAUUAUAUUCACUAGACCUUUAUAUUAUUUUAGGAUAGUCCUUUUAUUAAACUCAUAAACUUCGCAAUUCCUAAGAUUAUCCCUAAAAGACCUUUUUGAAAAUUGGAUUACCAUAUCGAUGUAGCAAGAUAUGUUAUCAAUGCGCUUAGAUGGAGAAUGUCUUUUCUGUGCACUUUCCUAUCCGCUACGAAAGGGGUGUAUUAAAACGAUAGCAUUACUCUAUCCAUUCAUCAUUAAUUUGUUUGUAAUGUUAAGGACAAAAAUCGAUUUCGACCAUACUACAACAUUCUGAAAACUAUUAUUAUUAAAAGUUACACUUAUGUACGUAGAACUUAGCACAGCUAACUUAGCAAAAGCUAGUGUUUUUUAUCAGUUAUGUGACAAAUUGUUGUUCUUAGUUGAAUACUCGUGUCUCUGUUUUUCACUUAUUUUCUUUGUUUUAUUUCGAUUAUCACUAAAACAAUUUAAACCUUCAUUUUUCGGUCUCUUUCAUUUUAACUGUCGAUUUUGAGUUUUAACUUUUGUUGUUCAUUUUUUUAAAUAGUAUUCUGGCUCCGCGAUUUACGUUCAUCUUUUGAGGACGUCACUUUCUUCAUACGAAUAAAUACUUUUUAAUUAAUAAUUCACAUAAACAAAAAUAAUUUAAGUAGAACUUUUUUACAUUGUAAUAAAGCACUUUUGCCUGGCAAAAGUAAAUAAAGGCAUUAUUUACUAUUUUUUACAGUUGUCAACGGGAAGAAUACAAUCUAAAGAGGAAAUAAUUAGUAGAUUGAAAGCUGUUUUAGAAUUUUUUCAUAUUUGUGAUGCAAUAGAACUGCUUUCAAAAAAAUAAUAUACUAAAACAGAAGAAAUAUGUUUUUUCGGCUUUUUUAAGUAGAAAUUAUAUCACAGUUGGUGGUUUUCCUAUUCGAUUGUCAGAUAAUUGUUUUGAUCAAAUUAUAUAUCAUCAAUUAAAAAUAUAGUAAUGUCCUCAAGAGAUCGACACUUUUACUCUGCUUGCUUAAAUCUGCAUGUGCACAAUCGUUUAUAUAACCUCUCAUGUACUUUACAUGCAUAUAAUUAAUAUUGUACUCUUUAAUAGAAGUUGUGAAUACUUGUCUGUAUAUAUUUAAAAAUAAAGUCUCUUCCCAAUU